CAGUGCCUUGCAGUGCCGCCCAGCAGUGCCACCCACCAUGCCACCGAUCAGUGCCCCCAGCAGUGCUGCCCAUCAGUGCUGCCUAUCAGUGCCCAGCUCCAGCGCUGCCUAUUAUUGUCGCCCAUCAGUGCUACCUAUCAGUGCUCACAAGUGCUGUCCAUCAGUGCCCAUCAGUGCAGCAUCAUCAGGGCCUCCUCAUCAAUGCCCACCAGUGCCACCUCAUCAGUGUAGCCUAUCAGUGCUGCCUAUCCAUGCCACCUCAUCAGUGCCCAUCAGUGCUGCCUAUCCAUGCCACCUCAUCAGUGCCCAUUUGUGCUGCCUAUCA